CCAGCCUUUUCCCCGGACUCGUAGGGGUUUUUUUUUUGCUUCCCAUUGUAAGAAAGAGUGACAUGUCCCAGGGGAAGUGUUACAGCCACAAAUUACCCCAAACAAUGGUUCAGUCCACAUCUCUGGGCUUGUGUCUCCCCUGCCGCCUGGCUGUUGCAUGCAGGCGUGUGCGCUCCGUGUGCUCCUUCCCUCCCCUUUUUCCCCGUACAUUCCUUCUUCUUACACCGCUCCUGCACUGCUGCCAGUAAACAUCCUUCUACACAUCCCUUGUGAUCUCACUGCACCACUGGGAUGCUGUGACAGUUAAGUUCGGCUUCCUCUCCUCCCCCUACCUGCUGGGCUCCGAUGGUACAGUCUGCAGAGGGACUCCUGUAAUGUAUCCUGCUUUAUCAAUCCGCUCCAGAUGCUGAAGAGUGAUUACUCUGCUCCUGUGUCAUUGAAGUCAUUUUGGAUUUGUGAUGAUAUCUUAGCCAAGUGCUGCCGAGGGAAUGAACAUGCACUUGCUAGCGCCAGAGUUCAGCACGAUGGGAAGCGGUGAAUGGAAAGAAUCUAUUUUGCACCCUUGAAAAAAUUAAAAUCCCUUUGGGCUGUUGACUGGCUUGGGACCAACACUUCCAAGGAUCUUUUUUUCCUAGUCUAUUCCAUCAGAAGCUCGCUGGAUUGCCGCAUUACAGGAAAUCUGUCCGCAAAUCAGAAGGGUUCUGUGCAAAAUUUUCUCUUUAGUGUCCUAUAUAUAUUUUUUUAAUUUUUCUUCCUGGAAUUCUAGCCCUUAAGAACAAAGCACGUGGAAAUGGGUGACAUGAGUAAUAGUGAUUUUUAUUCCAAGAACCAAAGAAAUGAAGCCAACCAUGCAGCUGAUUACGGCUGUACCCUUAUGGAGCUGCGCUCCCUCAUGGAGCUGCGGGGGACCGAGGCAGUGGUUAAAAUUAAAGAAUGCUAUGCGGACACUGAUGGCUUGUGCAGGCGAUUAAAGACAUCUCCUACAGAAGGCUUGCCUGGCACAGCUGCAGAUCUAGAAAAAAGAAGGCAAACUUUUGGGCAAAACUUUAUACCUCCAAAGAAGCCAAAAACUUUCUUACAACUAGUAUGGGAAGCUCUUCAAGAUGUGACACUGAUUAUCCUGGAAAUUGCAGCCAUUAUAUCCCUCGGCCUCUCAUUUUAUCGACCUCCUGGAGGAGAAACUGAAGGUUGUGGCGGUGCGGCCGCGGGAGCAGAAGAUGAAGGAGAAGCAGAAGCUGGCUGGAUUGAAGGAGCUGCCAUCCUCUUGUCGGUUGUCUGUGUUGUACUUGUCACUGCCUUCAAUGACUGGAGCAAAGAAAAGCAAUUCAGGGGCCUCCAAAGCCGCAUUGAACAAGAACAAAAAUUUACAGUGGUCCGUGGUAGUCAGGUCAUACAGAUUCCUGUGGCAGAAAUGGUGGUUGGAGACAUUGCACAAGUCAAAUAUGGCGAUCUUCUCCCUACUGAUGGCAUAUUUAUUCAGGGAAACGACCUGAAAAUUGAUGAAAGUUCUUUAACCGGUGAAUCUGACCAAGUCCGCAAGUCUGUAGAUAAGGACCCAAUGCUGCUUUCUGGUACUCACGUGAUGGAAGGCUCAGGGAGAAUGCUCGUCACUGCUGUAGGUGUCAACUCUCAGACUGGAAUCAUCUUCACCUUGUUAGGAGCCAGCGAGGCUGAGGAUGAAAAGAAGGAUAAGAAAGGUGUGAAAAAGGAGGAAGGACCACAACUACAAGUUGGCUCCACCCAUCCACCCUCUCAUCCUCCUGCAGCCACAGAUGGUGCCGCAGGAGCAAACGCUAUUGAUAAUGCAAAUGCCAGCUUAGUGAAUGGCAAAAUGCAAGAUGGAAAUGUGGAGAGCAUCCAGAAUAAAGCCAAACAGCAGGACGGUGCAGCCGCAAUGGAAAUGCAGCCCUUGAAAAGUGCUGAAGGAGGUGAUGGGGAUGACAAGGACAAAAAGAAAUCUAAUCCCCACAAGAAGGAGAAGUCUGUGCUGCAGGGCAAGCUGACCAAACUGGCAGUACAGAUCGGGAAAGCUGGUUUGGUUAUGUCCGCCAUUACCGUCAUUAUCUUGGUACUCUACUUCGCCAUUGAUACGUUUGUAGUGAACAAAAGGCAGUGGCUGCCAGAAUGCACUCCAAUCUACAUCCAGUACUUCGUUAAAUUCUUCAUCAUUGGCGUGACUGUAUUAGUGGUAGCUGUCCCUGAGGGACUACCUCUUGCCGUCACUAUUUCUCUGGCCUACUCUGUUAAAAAAAUGAUGAAAGAUAAUAAUUUAGUACGACAUUUAGAUGCUUGUGAAACCAUGGGGAAUGCAACGGCAAUCUGCUCAGACAAGACCGGCACGUUGACCACCAACCGCAUGACGGUGGUACAAGCGUUUGUGGGGGAUGUGCACUACAAAGAGAUCCCAGAUCCUGACGGCCUUCCAGCGAAAACGUUGGAUGUGUUAGUGCAUGCCAUCGCCAUCAACAGUGCCUAUACCUCCAAAGUCUUGCCUGCAGAAAAAGAUGGGGGGCUUCCUCGGCAAGUUGGUAACAAAACAGAGUGUGGUUUGUUGGGGUUUGUCUUGGACUUGAAGAGAGAUUACCAAGUAGUAAGGAAUAAGAUUCCAGAGGAGAAACUCUACAAAGUGUACACCUUCAACUCAGUCAGAAAAUCAAUGAGCACUGUUGUUAAACUAGAAGAUGGCAGCUACCGAAUGUACAGCAAAGGUGCUUCUGAGAUAGUCCUAAAAAAAUGUUCUAGAACUUUAAAUGAGGCUGGCGAACCGCGGAUUUUUAGGCCCAGAGACCGUGAUGACAUGGUAAAAAACGUGAUAGAGCCCAUGGCAUGUGACGGACUUCGAACUAUCUGUAUCGCUUAUCGAGAUUUUCCCAUGAGCCCAGAACCUGACUGGGACAAUGAAAAUGACAUUGUCACUGACCUGACAUGCCUUGCCGUAGUUGGUAUUGAAGAUCCAGUCAGGCCAGAGGUACCAGAGGCCAUAAGGAAGUGCCAGCGGGCUGGCAUUACGGUCCGCAUGGUGACUGGUGAUAACAUUAAUACUGCCCGUGCCAUUGCCAUUAAGUGCGGUAUUAUACAUCCUGGAGAGGACUUUCUCUGCAUUGAAGGAAAGGAAUUUAACAGGAGAAUACGCAAUGAGAAGGGAGAGAUCGAACAAGAACGGAUUGAUAAGAUUUGGCCCAAGCUCCGGGUUCUGGCCCGCUCCUCACCUACUGACAAACACACUCUGGUGAAAGGAAUCAUAGACAGCACCCAGGUGGAACAGAGGCAAGUGGUGGCAGUGACUGGAGAUGGAACAAAUGACGGUCCAGCGCUGAAGAAAGCAGAUGUGGGGUUUGCCAUGGGGAUCGCAGGCACAGAUGUUGCAAAGGAAGCCUCUGACAUUAUUCUGACGGAUGAUAACUUCACCAGCAUUGUGAAAGCUGUAAUGUGGGGCCGCAAUGUGUACGACAGCAUCUCCAAGUUCUUACAGUUCCAGUUAACGGUGAAUGUGGUGGCUGUCAUUGUAGCCUUUACUGGGGCCUGCAUUACACAGGACUCUCCACUUAAAGCCGUGCAGAUGUUGUGGGUGAACCUCAUUAUGGACACCUUUGCCUCUCUUGCUCUGGCAACAGAACCCCCCACAGAGUCUCUUCUCCUACGAAAACCUUACGGAAGGAACAAGCCCCUGAUUUCUCGGACCAUGAUGAAAAAUAUCCUGGGCCAUGCAGUAUACCAGCUUACACUUAUAUUCACCCUGCUAUUUGUUGGGGAAGAUCUGUUCAAUAUCGAUAGUGGGAGAAACGCCCCCCUACAUUCCCCACCUUCAGAACAUUAUACCAUCAUCUUCAACACAUUCGUAAUGAUGCAGCUCUUUAAUGAAAUCAAUGCCCGCAAGAUCCACGGAGAGCGCAAUGUCUUUGAUGGCAUAUUCAGGAACCCUAUUUUUUGCACAAUCGUGUUGGGCACAUUUGCCAUCCAGAUAGUAAUCGUGCAGUUUGGUGGCAAGCCAUUUAGCUGUUCUCCCUUACAACUGGACCAAUGGAUGUGGUGCAUAUUCCUUGGAUUUGGAGAGUUGGUAUGGGGACAGGUUAUAACCAGCAUUCCAACAAGUAGAUUGAAAUUCUUAAAGGGAGCAGGUCAUCUCACUCAGAAGGAGGAGAUCCCAGAAGAAGAACUCAAUGAAGAUGUAGAAGAAAUAGACCAUGCAGAAAGAGAACUGAGGAGGGGGCAAAUUCUUUGGUUCCGAGGUCUCAACAGAAUCCAGACACAGAUUGAAGUAGUGAAUACUUUCAAGAGCGGCGCUUCCUUUCAGGGUGCUCUGAGGAGACAGUCCUCUACCACAAGCCAGAACCAGGAUGUAACCAAUAUUUCUAGCCCUAGUCACGUAUCGUUAUCCAAUGCUCUUUCUUCUCCUACCAGCACAUCAGCUGCAGCGGCAGGGCAGGGCUAGAGAUCACUGGACCAAAGGUUUAGCGAGAGAGUGAAAUAAAAAGAGAUCCGCGUCGUGAAGGCAUUCCGUAGCUCUCUCUAUGAAGGUUUAGAAAAACCGGACUCUCGAACUUCCAUACACAACUUCAUGACCCAUCCAGAGUUUAAGAUUGAAGACUCACAGCCUCAUAUCCCUCUUAUUGAUGACACUGACCUGGAGGAAGAUCCUGCCCUGAAGCAAAACUCCAGCCAGCCCCCUUCACCAAACAAGAACAACAACGCCAUUGAUAGUGGGAUCAAUCUCACAACAGAUACAAGCAAAUCAGCUACCUCUUCCAGUCCUGGGAGCCCUAUACAUAGCUUGGAGACAUCCCUUUAGCUGAAGAAGGCAUUGCAAAAUCAAAGUAAUAAUUCAUAAUCAUGGAAAAAGUUAUACCUGUGGCCUGGCUCAUUGAAGAUGUUUUAAUUCUUGGAGGCCAGCAACAGAUGCUCAUGGACCAGGCAGCUCUGGAAAUGAGAAUGUGGCAGAAUUUUAAUUGCCAUCAAGCCGCUUCCGUUUGGAAAAGAAAGACAAGCUAAGAAAAGACUCCAACCAACCAUGUUCCUGCAUGAAUGUACACUUGCAAUCCCUUCUCUGUACUGGUUUUAUCAUUUUAUUUUUUACAUGUUUCUGGGAUUUUCCAUAGGUGGGAGAGACCUUAAAAAAAAAAAAGACAAAAAAAAAAAAGCUUCCCAAGUCAACAGUAUUUAUCUGAUUAACUGAUAAAUGAGCCAUGGAACUGUAAACAGGGCAAAUAUGUCAUGCUCAAGAGACUUUAUAGUGAAUUACUAUUUUUGUUUUUCUUUUUGAAGAUGCAAGGCGCAGUGGAUUUGCACCAAUAAGAACAGAAGAACACAAGCAUAUGCGAAAGAUUUAUAUAGACGAGAGGUGUGUGUGCGUGUGUAUAUAUGUAUAAACCCCUCCAUGUAACUCCAAGGAGAAAUGUGUAUAUUGGCAUACCGUCACAAGUGGUGGAAAGGAUUCUGCCCAUGCAACAGUAAAUGCAUUUUUAGUCUUUAAAACUUUACAAAAAUGCAAAAAUCUGUGUACAAACCCUUUAUGCAUGCAUGUGAGAAGGGAAAUAUGUUGUUCCCUAAGAUAAAAUAUAUGAGGUCAAAAAGAAAUGAAGAAAAAAAUAUAAAAACAAAAAAAAAAAACUAUACUUAAUGCAAGCAGGGUGCACGAUAAAAAGGUAAUGUUUAUUUAUGUAUACCACUUGUAGUGGAAAAAAAAAUGCACAAAGCAGCAUUGGUGGAAUUCCAUGUAUCUACACAAAGCAUUCCAUAUUAAAAAUGUACAUAAAACCCAUGAUUAGAACUUGAAGACAAUAGGGCUGGAAGAACAGAAUGGACAUUCCGUCAUCUGACCAGCCAUGCGAUUCUUCAUCAGAAGAUCCAAAUUGUGUCUGAAUGGCAGACCUGCCAUUGACAUCUAUAUGGCGUUAAUGCCAAAAACAUGAGGAUUUGUAAAAACAAAAUCGUUUUUACCAUUAUUUUCCCCGUAAGGGGUUUUAAUAGCAAUAAUGCCCUGUGUGUCUGGCCUUCAUGGUUAUUACAUGACCUGUAUAGGCCCUCUCCUUUAACACGCUGUUUAGUUGCUUGUGUACUGAAAGGUUGUUCAAUAAGUACAUUUUCAUGAAAAUCAUAGAGAAUCACACUUAAAAGAGAAAAAAAAUAUACUUUGGCAUGUUGCCUUGUUUCUGCUUCA